AUGAGUCUAUUGAAGAUUCCCUUCAUCCUAAUUUCGGCCAUUGGCAUCCAUAUUUCGUUCACUUCUACUUCUCCGCCACCGUCAUCUAAAGAGAAGAUGGUGCCCUCGUUGUUCGAAUCCAUCGUUGGAUGGUUUUUGAAACUUCGUGGUUUGGAGUUACUGAAGAUCAGCGCAUGGGCAGCAUCAUCUGCUGAAGUGGCAAACAUCCUGGCUAGACACAUAGAUCCCUCGCAUAUUCCAGAAAGCAUCAAUGGUGCUAGAGCUGUGCAGCUUUUGUGCGUUCUUCACCCUACAUCAAUCACCCCCGCAUUCCUUGUCGGGAGCAUUGCCACUGCGAUUGGCGGCGCAUUGAGGUUUUAUAGUAUCUCGACGUUAGGAAAGCUUUGGAACUUCCACGUCAGCGUCAAAACAGAGCAUAGACUUGUGACAAGCGGGCCGUACUCGGUGGUGCGCCAUCCAAGCUACACUGGUCUUCUUCUUCAAACUGCUGGGAUCGCCGUCAUGUGUGGAAGUCAAGGAUCAUGGAUGAGGCAGUCCGGGAUCUUACAAGUGCCUUUCAUUAAAGUAUUUGCCGUUACCUUUCUCGUAUUUACCACAAUCUUGCACACUUGGAUUCCUUUCAACCGACCUGCAGCGGAAGACCAAAUGUUGCAGCGUGCUUUUGGAGAAGAAUGGGAGAAUUGGGCAGAGAAAGUGAGAUACCAGCUUAUUCCUGGGGUUUAUUGAUUGCUAGUACGUACAUAUAAUACUAGGCGCUC